AUGGUGUUGGCAUUCCUCAAAUGGGGAUGGGAUUUGUUGUUCCAUUUGUCCUUCUUCCACCACCGCUACCACGACUACUACUAUUACCAUCACCCAGCCCAACGCCGAGUUCAAGAAUACUAUGACUCCAACGACGUCGUAGUAGCGGGAGCUGCAGGGUCGUCGGAGGAGUCGCCGGAGUGCGCGGUGUGCUUGUCCAAGGUCGAGGAAGGCGACCAAGUCAGGGAGCUGUCAUGUCGCCACGUGUUCCAUAGAGUUUGUCUAGACAGAUGGUGUCAGUCGUCGUUCACAAGGAGGUGCCCCACGUGUCCACUCUGCCGCCGUUCCUUGACUACUACUCCGGCGACCUGCAGGGGGAGCUCAGCGGCGGCGGAACCGCCGGAAGUGCUGCUCUUCGAUUUCGCUAGCUUCGUGUCCUCCGAUCGUGACACCAGGGACACUUGGUGGCUCCGCUAG